GACUCCCAUUGAGAUCCUCAUGGCUGUAACUCUGCCAGGUUAUGGUACCGAGACAUGCUUCAUUAGUCAGCAAGGUGGGGUGCUGUUUGGAUGGAGUCAUUGCAAGGAGACAGCAGAAGUCUACAGGGAACAUGUGUUCCAGGUGGACUAUGAUGCUAGGCUAAGGGGCAUGCUACCCUUCCUCGGCUAUGGGCCACGCUCAUUUUUACCAGUGUACUUACCAGGUGACUCAGACAUACAGGCUAAACAUCCAGGCCACGGACAGGCAGGGUGGUACGUGUUCAUGAGGGACGGACACGAGGGUAUCAUAGGGAUCAAACUGUUCUGUUAAUGUCACAGACACUGGAAAGUAGGGACACUUCAAAGCCAUAUUCCUGUGUAUACACCUGGCAAUUUUUAUCUACUUUCAGGCCAUUACAUAUCAAUGGUGGAUCUGUAGCUUGUAGUGAUCGAGGUUUGUGGAUGAUAAAAAGCCGCAAAAUUCUUUACCACAUCAAAGUUUGACAGUGGCCUCCCCUUGCCACUACAGAUCCAGAAAUUCACAGAAAUGCAUACAAAUUUAAAUAAAAAAUACAAAAGGUUUGUCCGGACAACUUCUUCUAAAGUUAUGGAUUGAUUUCAACGAAACUUUCCAGAUAUGAUAACUACCACCUGAAGUUGUGCAUCCAGGUAUUAUUUUUUCAUUCUGGCCCUUAUUUACUAAGUUUUGGCCCUUUGUGGAAAAAAUCCUGAAACAUUGUCUCGGACAACUCCUCCUAAAGUUAUACUGAUCAAUUUCAACAAAACUUUCCAGAUAUGAUACAUACCACCUGAAGUUGUGCAUCCAGGUAUUAUUUUUUCAUUCUGUCCCUUUUUUACAAAGUUAUGGCCCUUUGUUGAAAAAUCCUUGUCCAGACAACUACUCCAAAACUAUAGGGCCAAUUUCAACGAAACUUUUAAGAAAAGAUAACUAUCACCUGAAAUUGUGCAUCCAGGUAUUAUUCUUUUCAUUCUGACCCUUUUUACAGAGUUAUUGCCCUUUGUUGAAAAAUGCUUGCCCGCACAACUUCUCCAAAACUACUGGACCAAUGUCAAUGACAGUUUUCGGAUAUGAUAGGUAUUAUUUUUUCAAUUUGACCCUUUUUUAUGGAGUUAGGGCCUUUUGUUGAAAAAUCCUUGUCCUGACAACUUCUCCUGAUCUACUGGGUAAAAUUUCAAAAAAUAUAUGGCAACUGACCCUUUGCGUAGUGCAUCCAAGUAAUACUUUUUUAUUCUAACCCUUUUAAAAGGAGUUAUGGCCCUUUGUUUAAAUUUCUGGGUCGAUUUCAAAGAAAUUUACAGAUAUGGUAAUUACCCCUGAUGUCGUACAUCAGGGUAGUAUCUUUUCAUUUCGAUCCAUUUGGAGUGCAGAAUACAAGAAUUAAAGGUCACUUUUACCUAUGUUUUGACCUUUACUUUUGAAAAUGUUUUUCUGGGGUAUAUCUUCUAUACUAUUUCACCUGGUAUAUCCAGAUUUGGUGUAGAAGGACAUAUUGGGAUGGUGGAGUGCAGAAUGCAAGAAUUAGGUCACUGUUACCUAUGUUUUGACCUUUGACCUUUACUUUUGAAAAUGUUUUUUCUAGGGUAUAUCUUCUAUACUAUUUCACCUGGUAUAUCCAGAAUUGGUGUACAAGGACAUAUUGGGAUGACGGAGGGUGGAGUGUAAGAAUUAGGUCACUGUUACCUAUGAUUUGACCUUUGACCCUUACUUUUGAAAAUGUUUUUCUGGGGUAUAUCUUCUAUACUAUUUCACCUGGAAUAUCCAGAUUUGGUGUAGAAGGUCACCUUGGGAUGGUGGAGUGCAAGGAGUAGGUCAAUAUGACCUCACUGUGAUCUAUGUUUCCUGACAUAAGUAUACUGUUUGUUAAAUAUAGAAAUCAUUACCAAUGGGAGACUAUGGAUUGUUAUAAUGAAAUAAACUAUUUAAAAUUAUCUCCAAAUAUUACACCAGUAAAAUCAAUCAAUUGAACAGAAGAAUCCAUCUAACGUGGUAAAGGAGAUAUGCCAUUUCUUGACGUUAGUAAAUUUUAUUUGAAGUGAUACACAAAUAAUUUCUCUUCAAUUGUUCGUGGCCAUCAUUGGAGACCAUGAAGCAUUAAUAAUAGGUGACACCCUUCAUCCUGUAUUUUCUGCAGUUUUAUUUGUAGGUGGCCGUUAUUCAUUAAGCAUCAUUGUGAUAUUUUUUUAUUACUUAUUUAAAAAUACAUGCAUUUUUGUAAG